UUCUCAUUCUGAAAAAAAUUUACCGCGAUUCGGACGCGUUUUUCCAGCGUGGGUGUUUUUCUUCUCGGUCGGCGUUUUCGGCGGCUUCUUAUCGUCAAACAAUAGUGCAUUAAACGGGGCUUGCAGUGCGGAAAGCUGAAUUAAAAACUAUUGCUAUUUGCAAAAAAGUUAAUAACGGCGACGCACCGUGAAUUAAAAACAACAUCAACUUUACCUACAGUGGCAGACGUAACUGUAAGUUUCGCUUGCCGUUGAUAGCAAACAAAAAAUCCGCAGCAUAAGUUUUGAUUUAUUCUAAUUAAAAAAGGUUGCGAUAACCAACUUUGACCGAAUCAAAGGUGACUGACGACCGACGGCCAGCAAUGUGCAGACGGUCGCUGGCUGAAAUUGCUGGCAGGACACAGACCGCAAGGAUCAACGCAAUCAACGUGCAGCAGUUGCAGCUGUGAAUGCAACAGCAACUGGCAACUGGCAACCAGCAACUGGCAACCGGCAACUGGCAACCAGCAACCAACAAUAUUGGCUCCUUUUUAUAUACCCAAAACGAAAUGCGUUUUUGCAACUCGGCCAAUAAGAAGACACAGAUAGCAGUUGAUAGAUGAACUAAAGCAAAUGCCCUCCAAUUGCAGCUUUUGAUGCAAUCUUAAGGCAGGGGCCCAAAAAGAACCCAACUUGACUGAUAGUUUAAACUACUUACUCUAAAGUAACAAACACAACAACACACGGCUGCAACAACUUUAUUACAAUAUUGCUAAGAACAACUCGUUAAUUGCCAAAAAUAUGUGUUGCUGCAACUGAAGCUUAACAAAUAUAUUAGGAAUAUAAAUUAGGAAAUCAUCUAAGAAAUAAAGAAAUCGCCAAGAAAAGCUCAAGAUCGAGAGUUCACAGCUGGAGAGACUUGCAUAAGCCAUGGGCAACAAAUGCUGCAGCAAGCGACAGGAUCAGGAAUUGGCAUUGGCCUAUCCCACGGGCGGCUACAAAAAAUCCGACUACACCUUCGGCCAGACGCACAUCAACAACAGCGGCGGUGGCAACAUGGGCGGCGUACUUGGCCAGAAGCACAACAACGGCGGUUCGCUGGACUCGCGCUAUACACCCGAUCCGAACCAUCGGGGUCCGCUGAAAAUCGGCGGAAAAGGAGGCGUUGACAUCAUCAGGCCCCGCACCACACCAACCGGCGUUCCUGGUGUCGUGCUCAAGCGCGUGGUCGUGGCCCUGUACGACUAUAAAUCCCGCGAUGAAUCCGAUCUGAGCUUCAUGAAGGGCGACCGCAUGGAGGUCAUCGACGACACCGAGUCCGAUUGGUGGCGCGUCGUGAAUCUGACUACUCGCCAGGAGGGCCUCAUCCCGCUUAACUUUGUGGCCGAGGAGCGCAGCGUCAACAGCGAAGACUGGUUCUUUGAGAACGUGCUUCGAAAGGAGGCGGACAAGCUGCUGCUGGCCGAGGAGAAUCCGCGCGGCACCUUCCUCGUGCGUCCCUCGGAGCACAAUCCCAACGGCUACUCGCUGUCGGUAAAGGACUGGGAGGAUGGACGCGGCUACCACGUGAAGCACUACCGCAUCAAGCCGCUGGACAACGGCGGCUACUACAUCGCCACCAACCAGACGUUCCCCUCGCUUCAGGCCUUGGUCAUGGCAUACAGCAAAGAAAACGCUCUUGGCCUCUGUCACAUACUGUCGCGUCCCUGCCCCAAACCGCAGCCCCAGAUGUGGGACUUGGGACCGGAGCUGCGCGAUAAGUACGAGAUUCCGCGCUCGGAGAUUCAGCUGCUGCGCAAACUGGGACGCGGCAACUUCGGCGAGGUCUUCUACGGCAAGUGGCGCAACAGCAUCGAUGUGGCGGUCAAGACAUUGCGUGAAGGAACCAUGUCCACGGCCGCUUUCCUCCAGGAGGCGGCCAUCAUGAAGAAGUUCCGCCACAACCGCCUGGUGGCCCUCUAUGCGGUUUGCUCGCAGGAGGAGCCCAUCUACAUUGUGCAGGAGUACAUGUCCAAGGGCAGUCUGCUGGACUUCUUGCGCGAGGGCGAUGGCCGCUACUUGCACUUCGAGGAUCUCAUCUACAUAGCCACCCAGGUGGCCAGCGGCAUGGAGUAUCUGGAGUCCAAGCAGCUCAUCCAUCGCGAUCUGGCGGCCCGCAACGUGCUGAUUGGAGAGAACAAUGUGGCGAAGAUUUGUGAUUUUGGAUUGGCGCGUGUGAUCGCCGAUGACGAGUACUGCCCCAAGCAGGGAUCCCGGUUUCCGGUCAAGUGGACGGCGCCCGAGGCGAUCAUCUACGGCAAGUUCUCGAUCAAGUCGGACGUGUGGUCGUACGGCAUUCUGCUGAUGGAGCUCUUCACGUACGGACAAGUGCCCUAUCCGGGCAUGCACAGUCGCGAGGUGAUCGAGAACAUCGAGCGCGGCUUCCGCAUGCCGAAGCCGACGAACCACUAUUUCCCGGACAACAUCUAUCAACUGCUGCUCCAGUGCUGGGAUGCCGUGCCCGAGAAGCGGCCGACGUUCGAGUUCUUGAACCACUACUUCGAGUCCUUCUCGGUCACGUCCGAGGUGCCGUAUCGAGAGGUGCAAGACUAAACAGAGUCCAGCCUAAUCACACACCUACACAUCACCCACACACUCUCUCACACGCAUACACACACGUACGAUAUAUAUAUAUAGUAUAUAAAGUUAUACAUAUAUUAUACAUUUAUAUGCAUAUUUACUAUAAUUCUUAAGACUUUUUAAUGGCAUAGUUGCAUACCAACCAACACACAUGAACUCUAUAUGUCGGUAUAUGUAUGUGUUUAAGCGUAUCCAAACAAUUCAGAAACCAACUACAAACCACAACAAACAAAAAAAAUCAACAAAACCAACAAAAAAAAAAAAAAACUAAAAUCGGAAAAACAAAAUUUUAUAUUUUACACGCAAAACUAUUUUAUAAUUUAUAUACCUAAUUGUAUGUACUAUGGAAAUAGAAAGUAUUUAACUAGUUUUGUAAGCUUACCCAGAAACAGAAAGGGGCAGAAAAAUGAUACCAAGAAAUCAAGAACGAACAGAACACGAAAGAAAUUGAUGGCAACUCUAUUGAAUUUCAAAUCGAAUAUACAGCUACAAUUUAACGCUACUUUAAUCGGUGCUUAGGUUUUAUGUAUAAACAAUCCAAUCCAAUCCAAUCUACAACUAGAACUUUUUGAUCUUAACCUCCCUCUGCUGAAUAGUUUCUUC